UUCACCUUGUUUGUUUCUCGCGGAACUGAAAGAAAAAGACACCUUGUUGAAAUCAUGGCGGUGCGAGCCACGGUGUCACGCUUUCCAGCCGACCCAGACGCACAAGAAACUUCAGGCCUGCCAUGGGGCGUCACGGUGACGCCCUUUGCAACCAAGGAUGAAAACGGCGUCAAGCCGGUGUACGGAUCCAAUGGGAAUUUGUUACCUCGGUGCGAGAAUUGUUAUGCCUAUUUCAAUACAUACUGCGAACUGGAGCAGUGGGCGUGGUCCUGUUCGCUCUGUGGGACUCUAAACGGCCUCUCUUCUGAGGCCAUUACCAGAUACUCUCAUCCUCAGACUUGCGCUGAGAUGGCCUCUUCUUUCAUUGAUCUGGAGUUGCCUUUGGAGGGAUCAGAGGAAGAAACGAUGCAUGCACGUCCUGUCUAUGUUGCUGCUGUUGACUUGUCAUCUUCAGAAGAGUUUUUGGAACUUACUAGAAGUGCUCUACAGGCAGCUUUAGAAGCUGUUCCACCCGGCGCACUGUUUGGGCUUGCAACCUUCAGCCACAAAAUAGGGUUGUACGAUGUUCAAGGGGCUAUACCAGUGGUAAAGAAUGCUUUUAUUCCAGCAGAUAUAGAGGGCACCCUGCCAGUUGAGCUUGAAGAUGUCAUGCCUUUGUCUCAAUUCCUGGCACCGGUGGAAACUUUUAAAGACAACAUCACAUCUGCUCUUGAGACUCUCAGACCAACCACUUCAUGGGAGAGAACUGCUGUAGCAGGGCAAGGACUUGAUGGAGUCUUGAUGGGUGGGCGGGGUUUCGGUGUGGCAAUGGAAGCCCUUUUCAAUUACCUUGGAUCAGAAUAUGGAAACACAUUUGCUUUAGCUAGAGUAUUUGCCUUUCUAUCUGGUCCUCCUGAUCAUGGAGCUGGACAGCUAGAUACGAGAAGGUAUGGUGAACAGUAUGCUAGUAAAGGAGAGGAUGCAGACUGUGCUUUACUUCCUGAACAAACACCAUUUUACAAGGAUUUAGCUGCUGUGGCUGUUCAAGCUGGUGUUUGUGUGGACCUGUUUGCUAUUACAAAUGAGUAUACAGAUUUGGCAUCCCUGAAGUUUCUUAGUAUUGAAAGUGGAGGCUCAUUAUUUCUGUAUUCUAGUACUGAUGAUUCAACACUACCUCAGGACAUGUAUCGAAUGCUGAGUCGGCCGUAUGCCUUUAAUUGUGUACUGCGGUUAAGGACAUCUACAGAAUUCAAACCUGGACACUCGUAUGGUCAUUUCUUCCCAGAUCCGCAAUAUGAAAAUGUUCAGCACAUUAUAUGUUGUGAUUCCUAUGCUACAUAUGCUUAUGACUUUGAUUUCGCCAAUGCUGUUGGGUUUUCAAGACAUGCAUCAGAACAGCCUAUGCUACAGAUCGCAUUUCAAUAUACGGUGAUUGUGCCCCCUGAGGACCCUGCAAGUCCUGGAUUAGGUUCUCCAAGUAGAGGCAAGCAUUCUCUUAAACGACGACUAAGGAUUCGGACUUUGCAAUAUGCAGCUGCUCAAAACAUACAUGAACUAUAUGACAGUGUUGAUCCUGAAGCAGUUUUAUCUGUGCUUGUACAUAAGGUUAUAUUAGCCUCUCUGGAGCAAGGGGUUCGGGAGGGCAGGAUGUUACUUCAUGAUUGGCUAGUAAUCCUUACAGCUCAGUACAAUGACGCUUUUAAACUUGUUCAGUUCAAGAAAGGAAAUUCAGUAACUUCUCAGAUUGAUGUUGAGUUCUUACAAUGCCCACAACUGCAGCGUUUACCUCGUUUAGUUUUUGCUUUGCUAAGAAAUCCUCUUCUCCAUUUCCAUGAAGAAGGUGUUCACCCUGACUAUCGGAUCUAUUUGCAGUGUCUUUUCAGUGCUCUUGAACCAAGUUCCCUUCACCGUGCUUUAUAUCCGCUGCUGACAUCAUACUCUGCACCAGAUAAACAAGCAUAUCCACGCCACUCAUUGAGUCGUGCUGCACUGAUCACCAGUGGCAGUCCAAUAUUUUUGCUUGAUGCUUUUACAACUAUAAUUGUGUUUUAUUCUUCUACAGCAGACCCUUCAAUUCCUUUUCCACCCCCCCAGGAUUGUUUGUUGCGGACAACAAUUAAUAAAAUAAAGCAGGACAGGAGUAUCACUCCCAAACUCAUAUUCAUCCGGGGAGGGCAGGAUGAUGCCACAGUUUUUGAGAACUAUCUUAUUGAGGAACAGGAUGUGGACGGCAGUGGCCUUACCAGUGUCAUGGGUUUUGUUUCCUUCCUUGAAGAUAUCACCCAAAGUGUGCUGGAAUACAUGAAAUAGAAGUUAUAUUCCAGACCCCUGAGCUCUAUAAUGCCCAUACAGGAAAUAGGUAUAACUUCAACAUUGGUCAAGUUUAGAAACGGACUAACCAGUUAUACAAGAGUUCGUAGAUUGGUUAAGCAUUGUUUCGCAUUCAUUGUGCGGGAUGAAGAUGGCAAUUGUUGUUUUUAGUGUACCAUUCUUCUUUUGAGUUGGAAUCUCCUUGAGGGUACAAUUUAUAUAGGAGAUAUAGGCACGAAUAUACUCAUCUUGGUUUUUUGUAUGAGAAAGUAGGAGGCGAUGGUGACUGAAAAGUUUUUUGUGUUUCUCGUUAAAAAACGGUUAAGAAAAUAAAACUGUACUUGCAACAGCUCUUCAGAGGGUUGAUGUACGAAACGUUGCCAAUUUCUUUCUCUAUGAAUGGAUUAGAUGGAAAUACUCUAUUUAGUUUUUA